AUGCUGGGCCAAGCCAAAGAGACACUGCUGGCAAAUCUACAAGUGGUGCAGGCUGGUACCAUUUUGCUCUCGGUCAUUCUAUCGUCAUUAGUGUUCUUCCCACUAGGAACCAUUACAUCCAACAUUGGCGGACAGUGUUUGCUGUUUUCCAAAUUGUACCUCAUUGUCAGUGACUUCACUCUGAACACACCAGCAAAGUUCAACCUGACAGGGACGGAGUUCGGUCCCCCAGAAGAAUGCGAUUACACCACGUUUCUGAACGUUACGGUCACCGUGGCUGGCCUCAUCUUCUUGUGGUUCCUCAUGCACCUGGGCAGAGUGUCUGAGGCAGACAGGUCGGAGCCAGGGUUUCUAGUAUCUAUGUUCCUCUUCUACUUGGUGUUCUUCAUCUGUGUCCUCGUCUCAAGUAUCAAGAUAUCCUCGGGUUUCAGCUUCUGGUGCGACAACAUCCACGUGUGUGUGGGACAUGAAGACUACAGUGACUGCAGAAAACUGUCGUGUGACCAGUUUUCACAAGUGAAUCUAGCUGACGUCACCGAGGACACGUCACGGUUUUACGCCUACUUUCUCACAGCCCAGAUAGCCUCCUGGCUUCUGACAGCAACAUUACUCUUCGAAUGCCUCAUCACCUUACAGAGAAUCUACCAAACCAUCUCAGCAGAAUUGCUUGAAGAAGCAUCCAACAGCAAACGCGACAAAACUAUUGUCUCGCCAGAUACUCUGAAAAGGGGAGUCAUUAACCUCGCUUCAGACGAGUUUCAAGACAGUGAUGAUACUGCUGAGUUCAACCAUAGCGCAGAAACCGUGAAACGGACACUAGCAGAAGUCACAGUCCAUACGGACAAUGUGACCAGCAGUAUGGAGAUGUGUGCCGUAUCUAAGAAAACUCCGGAAGUGCAGGUUGUUUUCCAGAACGAGGGCAAACCAACAAAGAAAAACCACAGUGAACUUUUAAAUGACGACAGAGAUAUCUCUCAAGGCACACCAGCAAGUCGCAAACGUAAAACUACAAAGAAUAACCAGUGA